CACAUUAAAUUUAGUCAACCACCAAGUUUGUUUACGUAAGGAUGUUGAGAAAGGGAGUAAGGAAGGGUAGAGAAAAUGAGCGAGAUGCAGCGAUAUUCAAACGUCAAAAACCCUCGCCAUGUUGUGCGGGACAGCGUGUGGUGAAAACGGAAUUUGACAAUGCGUGCACGCACACCAAUGCACGAGCGCCGCAACACAAUACAAACGCAAGUGGGUGAUGACUUUUCGAGGCACUGGUCGUCGUCGUCGUCGUCGUUGUGUGAUUAUCGGGAAGAAAGAAACAAGAAUCCCGUUCGUUCUAUGAAAGGGGGUGUUUCGCGAUUAGGAUCUAGCCAGUGAGAACGAACACACUCACGCAGCGGAAGCAGAACGACUGCAGCGGAAGCUGCGGAACAGGGUAACCGAGGGCACCAGCGCUGAUAAAUAAGAACGGGGCCGUUGUGCUAGUGGGCAAGAUGAGCGAAUUCCUGAAAUCGGCCAUAAACUACUUCAAUGCGACACCUGCGAACGGGCUGGACAACGAUUUCGUCGGCCAGACGGUGGAGGUGGCGAACGUGAAGCUGCGUAUCAAGCGCGUUAUAGCGGAAGGUGGCUUUGCGUACGUGUACGUGGCGCAGGAUGUGCAGUCCAACACGGAGUACGCGCUGAAGCGUCUGCUCGGCACGGACAAGGAGGAGUGCAACAACAUCAUACGCGAGAUCAACUUCCACAAGCAGGUAUCCGGCCACCCGAAUGUGGUAAAGUUUGUUGCGGCCACCUUCAUCGACCGGACGCAAAGCGCGAACUCGCAGCGGCGGGCGGAGUAUCUGCUCGUGUCGGAACUGUGCAAGGGUGGCUCGCUGUACGAUUGUCUCGAGCAGGACCUGGCCCCGGAGACGGUGCUGCGGGUGUUCUAUCAGGCGACCAAAGCCGUCGCCCAUCUGCACAGCCAGCCGAAACCGAUCAACCAUCGGGACAUAAAGAUCGAAAACUUUCUCAUCGGAAGUGAUGGGCUGCUGAAACUGUGCGACUUUGGGUCCGCCUCGACCGACAGCUACGCGCCGGACGUAACGUGGAACGCGCAACAGCGCGACACGCUCGAGGAUGCGCUCACGCGCUGCACGACCCCGAUGUACCGUGCGCCGGAGCAGCUCGACACCUGGGCAAACUAUCCGAUCGGCAUCAAGAUGGACGUGUGGGCGCUCGGCUGCAUUCUGUACUGUCUCUGCUACCGCAAGCACCCGUUCGAGGACUCGGCCAAGCUGCGCAUCAUCAACGCUAACUACACCAUUCCCGCGAACGAUGCGCGGUACGCGUGCUUCAGCGACGUGAUUCGCGGCUGCUUGCAGGUCGAUCCGAACCAGCGCUUCGAUACGGCCACGGUACUGGAGCGGCUGGCGGCCAUUGCCGAGACGAAGGGGUGGCCCCUGAAGGCACCGCUCGGCCUGCUGGGCAAACCGCUCAACUCUCCGCCGACGGGAAUGACGCCGGCACCGAGCCCGAGUCAUAGCCGACCGAACGGUGGGCUGGUACCGGAUCGGCCGGCACCGCCCAGACCCGUGUGCCCGCCCGGCGGCCCGGUGCCGGUGUCGAGCGACGGCAGCCUCCGGAACAAGUACCCCCAGCGGCCACCGGAUCCAGUGCGCAUGGGGCACGCGAACGCGCCACCGCUGCACUCCGUACCGUCGCCCUAUCCCACGCCCCCGGCGCAACAGUUUAGCCAGCCGGCGGCCCCACCGGUGACGGGAGGCGGUGGGCUGUUCUCCUCCAUCAAGGGCGGGGCGGGAAGCUUUCUGAAAAAUCUUAAAGACACCUCCUCGAAGGUGAUGCAAACGGUGCAGCAAAGCAUCGUGCGCACGGAUCUGGACAUGAGCUACAUUACGCAGCGCAUCCUCGUCAUGCCCUGCCCGUCGGAGGGCAUCGAGUCGGCGUACCGCACGAACAACAUCGACGAUGUGAAGCUGUUCUUGGACAGUCGCUACCAGCCGACGAAGCUGAGCGUGUACAAUCUCGUCGGGCGUAACGGCUGCCCCCGACUGCCGCCGCCAGUCCGUACGGUGGAUGCUGGGUUUAUCUACGCGCCUGCUCCACAGCAAGGUGGCAAGGCGCCGGUACUGACCGGGCUAUACUCGCUGGUGGAGGACAUUUACGGGUUCCUGAGCGCGGAUCCGAAAACAGUCGUCAUCGUGCAGAGCCCGGACGGUGGCCGUGCGCUGGCCGCAACGGUGGUGUGCGCACUGCUCGUGUACGCCUCGCUGGUGACGGAGCCGGAGGAUGCAAUGCAAAUGUUUGCCAUCAAGCGAACGCCACCGAAUAUGCGACCGUCGGAGCUGCGCUACCUCUACUAUCUCGGCGACAUCGUGCGCUCGGUGCCGCAUCUGCCGCACUACAAGCCGGUCACGCUGGUGUCGCUUGCCGUCACGCCCGUGCCGCGCAUGACCAAAGCGCGCGAUGGCUGCCGGAUGUACGUCGAGGUGGCCACGGCCGACCGGACCGUCUUCUGCACGCUGCAGGAUUACGAGCGGAUGCGGCUGUACCACACCUCCGAGGGUAAGAUUGCGCUCGCGAUGAACGUGACGGUCUGUGGCGACGUUACGAUCAGCCUUUAUCAUGCACGCAACGCCCUCGGCGGGAUGGGCCGGCCGCAGGGUCUGAAGAUAUGCCAGCUGCAGUUCCACACCGGCUUCAUACCCGAGGAGGAAACGCUGAUCAACUACGAUCGGGCGGAGCUGGACGAGGUGCCGGAUCUGGAGCACGUGCCGCAGAAGUUCAGCGUCGCGCUCAGCGUUUUCGUGGGCGACUCGGAACGGCCGCCGGCUACGCAGCCGCCGUGGCGAACGCCGAAGGCGGCGCGUGAUCCCCGCACGCUGUUCGCGUCCCAGCUGGAGUAUGAGGAGAACGUUGAUAAUUUCGUCACCAAACCGAGCAGCUCAGCGAGGGUAACUGCAGGCGAAUCCACCGCACCACAAAAGCCACCUCCUCCACGACCGGCACCACCAUCGCCGCAACCGAUGCAUCGAGUGCUAGGCGACGACAUACCGCGCAGGGGAUCGUCCGGUACUCCACCCGUGCUGGCAGCGGCCGAGGAACGUGAGGCUGAUCUUUUGAACCUAAACAAAUCUAGUCAAGGACGACCGGCACCGGAAGAGUCGCCAGCCCCGGUUCCGAAGAUUGAAGAAACGUACGAUUUGCUUGGAGGGCUGUCACCCCCGGUCGUGAAAGGUGGAGCAUUCGCUAGCUCCGGUGUCAGAAGUACGCCGACCUCCUCAGCCGUACUGGAUGACAUAUUCGGAACGCUGGAUGAUGCGGGAGCGCCAACCGGCAGUACGCUUCCCACCACCAAGUCCAGCAGUGAUUUAAGCGGGCUGAAUCUAAACUUUGACCACUUCGGUGGAGUAGCCCAACCGGCCAGUGGUGCUGCUCCCUUCACCAAUGGUGCCGGCCAGUCCGAUGCUUCGGCAAGCAAUGCGAACAACAGCUUUGGCUUCGAUGCGUUCGCCGGGGUCGCGCCACAAUCCAUCUACAACAGUGCCGCCCCAGCGGGCGCACCCUCGCAACCCGCCACAGCGGCCACCGCUGCGUCGAAAGAUCCGUUCGCGGAUAUUGGCAACCUGGCGGCCGGUUUGGGCGGCGGCAUUAGCGCUGGUGGGAGCGCUGCCGGUUGGGGUGGCAAACCGGGAACGACGCCGAGCCCACGCUCAACGCAGUUCUCCAGCCCGACGCACCAGUUCAGCGGGGCGAGCACGGCAAACCCCUCGCCGAGGGCACCAUCAACACCCAACCAUCAAAUGCGCAGCCCGAACGAUCCCAGCCAAGCGCAGUCGCGCCCCGACUACAGCCGAUCGCAUUUCGAACCACCGAAGAAUGGAAGCAACGGCAGUGCGAAGGACGCACCAGGGGCAGGUGUUGGCGGUGGUCGAUCGGGUGACAUAUUCGGUGACAUUCUUGGCCAGCAGGGCUAUUCGUUCGGCAGCACCAAAAACCAGGGGCCGCGAACGAUGAACGAUAUGCGCAAGGAGGAGUUGGUGCGGGAGAUGGAUCCCGAGCGGGUGAAGCUGAUGGAAUGGACUGAAGGUAAGAAGAACAACAUCCGCGCGCUACUGUGCACCGUGCAUACCGUGCUGUGGCCCGGCGCUAAGUGGACAAAGUGUGAAAUGCAUCAGCUGGUGUCGGCAGCGGACGUGAAGAAAAUUUACCGCAAGGCGUGUCUCGCUGUACACCCCGACAAGCACACCGGUACGGAGAACGAGAGUAUGGCUAAGAUGAUAUUCAUGGAGCUGAACAACGCGUGGACCGAGUUCGAAAGCGAUGCCACCCAGCAAAAUCUGUUCGCCAAUUAAGAACACUCUGUUGCGUGCGUUAUUACUGCUGCUGAUGCCAACCCAGAUCGGUAGGUGAUGGUUUGUUAGCAUAUUGCAGUUGCUUGUUUUUGUCCCAAAGAAAACCGUACAGAUUCGGCCAAUGCGAGUCGAAGUAAGUUUUCUUUUGCGUGAGGGUUCUCUUUACAACCGCGGCAAGCAUUUUCGAAACAUCACUUUCUUCUCCCGUUUUACGUUAAACAAUUAGGAGAGUUUUAAUGCAUCGAACUAUCAGUGUGUGUGUGUUCCUUUUCCUAGUAGAAAUAGUACACUUCUUCCAACUGUAGAAGGACACGUAAAUAGCAGACAUUUCCGAACAAUGUCACAGCACUAGCUUAAAGAGCCCGGGCCAAGGCGUGGCAAAGAACUGAACUGGCAACGGUUGAUUGAUGCUAAUGUGAUAAUUUGUCCCCUACUUUUGUGUUUUACUUUUAUCGAAAGUGCACUUUAAAACAUCACACCGUUUCAGGGUUUCGCUGAUCGUACUGUUGAGGGCAAACCCGUACAGGUUGUCCGUUCGUUUCGUUAGCGCUGAUAUGGGAAAAUUCUCGAACACAUGCAGCGAACCAGAAAUUAUAUUUUAUUCCAACGUAUUCCGCUUUAACAAUGGAUGCUGAGUAUUGAAAUGUUAAUCUGUUGGAUAAGCAACGGUGUCGGCAAUUUUGAGACUAAUCAUUCAUUGAUUCUGAAAAUUGCCUAUUUUGUUUUGCUGUAUGUCGAUUGAAAUACAACCAAUAAUCUUGCUUUUUCUUUCCCUUAAAGUACCUUCUACAAAAGGUACUGGUUUUAAGAAGAAUAAACUUGAAUGUUCCAUCAACGGCUCAGUAUGUGAAGCUUUAGUGACAGUCGCUUUCAAUGAUAAGAAAAUGAAGAACAGAAACAAAACAAAGUUAGACCAGCAGGACAUCGCAUUAAACGUAUGUUCGGAAUGAUAUAUAUCACAAUAGAUCAAUUAACACUAAUAUACAAACUUUAGGGUGAAAACAUGCUACCAAUUAUGAGACACGAAACGUUACGUAUGGCACGCAAACAAACCUAUAUUUAACCAGCAUAAGAUGAAUGUUAAUCCAUUAGCACUUAACAUAACAACACUUAACAAAAGAAAAAGGUCCAGAAAGCAGAACAGAACUAAGUAAGCGUAUUGUAAUUUAAAACAGGAAAAUUUUAGCAAAACCGCAUACUGCAGCUGCUGCUGCUGCUUGCCCACGUUGUUGAUUGUUCAUUACUGUGUGUAUGUGCGUAAGCCGGUAACUUAUUCCCUCUUAUAUACGGUGGUAGAUAAUGAGAAAUGCAAUGCAAAUUUCAUUCGCUCAGAUAAAUAUGUAUAUUGUGUAGGAUAUGUAAUGAUCGCUCGACAAAAGAAUGUGUUGGGUGGAAUGUGUGAGUGUGUGACGGUCGGCGGCAAUAUGGAGGGGGCGGUUGUAAAAGACACCUUAUGGAGGAUCCACGUGAACCGGUACAGUUGUUGAAUAAUGGAAGUUAUAUAUGCUUUUUACGCCGUAAAGCAGCAGUGGACAGAGUAGAAAGUUAGUUGAUCCGCGGAAAACAGAUGCUAUUACUAGAUUGAUGAUUUCAACUGCAAAUGUUAUCAUAACGCUCUAAAAGUAGGUUACGUUAGGUGUAGCUUUCUUAGUUUCAAAGCUUUUGUUUGUUUUUCACAAGGAUAAUGCAGGCGUGAGAAAAAGAGGAGGGAGAGCAAGCCGAUGAUGUAAGCCGGAAUGUGAAUAUUGUAACAAAUAUUGCUCAGCACGACGAACGAUGAAGCGACAGGGGGUGGAACGAUUUGUGUCGUAAAUCCGUUAUACUCAACAGGAUAAACAAGACUAUGAUCGCUUUAUCGCAACGCGGUGUGUUACGCUUGGCGAGGGGUUGAACGGAACUGUGAUGUUUAGCUUUGGCCGCAAACCCUGCUGCCUACCGGAAUCCCGUGCUGGGCAGAGUAGAGUGUAAGGUGAUCGAAUCCUUACAAACGACAUCGUUUCAACAUGCGUGUGGGAUAGAGAUUAUUGCAAUGAUUAUAUAUGUGCAUUAUUUUGAGUGGUAAAUACCGGAAAAGGGAACAAUCGCAGAAUGUGUGUGUGUGUGUGUGUACAACUAUGCGAUUGCUGUGUGCAACCAGCUGCUGUGAAAGCAUAAGGAUGUGAGACAAUGAAAUCGUAGGGACAGGAAGGGAAAGGUUCGCUGUAGAAAGUUGCAAAGCAAUAACGAAACGCGAAGGUUGAUCAAGGGACAGAAGUCACACGUGACAGAGAAGGGUAAAGCCCUACCUAAAGGGUAAUUAGUGUAGGGUAAUAGAGCAAUCGAAUGUUUUGCUCGUCGAUGGAUAUGUCCCGUUCCCGUGCUAGGUGAUGAAUAAUUUCAGUUUUCUUUGCUAUCCUCACUCGAUAGAAAAUUAUUUAUUUGCUAUUGGCAGGCUUACUUUAGUGUGCAGUAGGAGGACGACGAGGAGGAAGAGGAGUGUGGUACAUUCUAAUGUAAAACCUGUAACGUUCCAUAGAUUAAUGAAUACUGUUUACUCUUGUUUGAUUGUAAUAGAAAGAUGAACGUGGUGGCUGUAUGGGAGAAAGAGUGGAGGAAGAGACAUAUUUCCAGCUAUACAAAUCUACUGUUACACGCAAAGUAGGAUGCGCGAACGCAUGAAAAAUUAUUACACCUUCCACUUGUACUCGUAUACACAAUCUAUCAGAAAAAAACCCUUAUAUAUUACGUAAAUACAUAGCGUUGAAUGAUGAA